GCGCCUUUAUGUUUACAAAAUGGCGACACAAACCUCGCAGGACUAACAAGGCGGCCACGCUGGGUUUCGCAAAACAGCAGAAGCAACAGUCGUGUCGUCGUCGUCGUGUUCGAAACCAAGCGCAGCCUUGAACGUAAACAAAAAUGGAGGUCAAGGAGGAGGAGGCAAAAAUUUGUCGACUCUGCGGACAAACUGACAAUAUUUGUAUUGAUGUAUUUAGUGAGGAUGGCACUAAUCGUUUGCUUCGCAUUAAAAUACAUUCGAAAAUAAAUAUUCUGAUAGAUGAGAGGGAUCUUCUGCCAAAGACGAUCUGUGUUCAUUGUGUGGGGAAACUUGAAUUCGUUUGCGACUUCCAAGAGGAGUGUCUUCGUACUCAACAACUGUUACGCGAUCGGUACAAUCUACCGCCCUUAUCAGAUGUUGAUGAGCUGGACAAAUCGGUCCCAGGCACAUCGACAAUUAACAACAAUGAUUCAGACAAAGAUCUUAAUCGUGCAAGAACACCACAAUCAUCACUACCAUCACAAUUGGAUCAAGUACAAGAAAUAACAAUGGAAAUUGAUAAACAUCAUCAUUUACAUGAUGAAUUUCGUUGUAAAUCAACAAUUGAUUUACAAAAUAUUGAAACGCCAGUUUUAACGACAUUACAAAAUGUGCCUUUCCCACAAGAAUUUACAAAUUCACAAGAAGUCCUUCAUAAUAGUCAAAUUGUACACAACGCAAGUGUGCAACUUAAUAAUAAUAAUAAUAAUAAUAAUCAUCAUCUACAGCAUCAUCAUCAUCAUCAGCAGCAGCAGCAGCAGCAGAAUCAUCAUCAGGAAAUAUUAAAUCGCGAUGGAAUGAGAACGGAAUUAAUAAUUGAAACACGCGAUCCACUUGAUAUUGAUGAACGUGUUUUACAAACAAAUGUUCUUCAAAGCGAUUAUCAAGAUCUUCCAAAUUCACCUGCAAUACCAAUAAUUCGUAGUAUUGAAAGAUUAAUGAGUGAUGAAAAUUGUAUUGAAUCGGGACAACAAGAUGCAUGUGUACGUUGGUUACGUGGACGUAAUGAACUUGAAAUUAAAUGUACAAAAACAACUGAUAUUACAACAAUAAAUGAUAAAGAACAAAAUUCAUUACAAAAUGAACAAAUGAAUGGUCAACGAAAUAUGAUACAAAUUGCAACAGGUACAUUAAAUAAAUUAUUAAAUGUUAUUGCCGAGACAUGUGAAGUUGAAGUAUCGGUACGUGAAUCAAUAAAUAAUGAUAAUGAUAAUAAUGGUGGUGAUAUUAGUUUUCUCAUUGAAUUAAGAAAUAAAGAAACAUCAACUGUUAGUGUAUUGGCAAAAGUAUUUCCCGAUCAAGGCUCAUGUUUAUUAGAUCCAAAAAUAAUGACAUUAUUAAAAGAUCAAAAUAAUCAUGAAAUAAGUGAGAUAUUAAAAAUAAUUGAUGCUAAAAAUCAAAAAGGUAAAACAAAUAUUAUUAAUGAUGAUGAUGAUGAUACAACAGAAACAUUAAGAAAUCCAGAGGAAUUAUAUCGUAUGGACGGUGAAGAAAUACAUGUUGAUGAUAAUGUUGAACAAAUAACUGUUAAUAAUCAAAUGAAUUAUGCAUGUCGUUUAUGUCAAAAAAUUUAUGAACGUCGUGAUAAAUGUACAGUACAUGUUAAAACACAUUUGGGUAUUAAACAAUAUCAUUGUAUUGUUUGUCAAGCGAAAUUUGUCUGUAAAUCAGAUGUUAUGAAACAUAUAAGAUGUUCACAUACAAAUCCAAGGCCAAUAUUAUGUCCAAAAUGUCCAAAACGUUUUCGUUCAAAAUUUGAUUUAGCUGAACAUACAAAUGUACAUAAGGGCAUUAAACCAUAUCGUUGUUCUGAUUGUGAUCAAACAUAUCAUCAUAAAGUAUCAUUACAAAUGCAUGUUAAAUCACAUUUACCACCACAAAAUUUGGCAUGCGAAUAUUGUGGUAAAGUAUUUCCAUAUAGAACACGUUUAUUAAGUCAUGUUGGUAGUGUUCAUAUGAAAAAUCGACGUAAUUUUCGUUGUCAUUUUUGUUAUAAUCUUUAUUCAAGUUUAUCGGUAUUAAAUGAUCAUAUUAAAACGCGUCAUGCAACAACAUUUACAUGUGAAACAUGUAAUAAAACAUUUAAAGUUGCAUCAAAAUAUAAAGCGCAUGUACAUCAACAUACAAAUCCAAAACCAUAUGUAUGUACUGUUUGUGAUAAUCGUUAUGCGUCAAAGGCAUUUUUAAAUGAACAUUUAUUAAAACAUCAGGGUUUACGUAAACAUGUUUGUCAAAAAUGUGGAGCACGUUUUGCUCAAGCAAGCCAUUUAGCUGCACAUCGUCAUGUGCAUGGUGAAAAAACACAUGUUUGUUCUGAAUGUGGUAAGAAAUUUAAUCGACGUGACAAUAUGAAAGUGCAUUUGAAGAGACAUUUUGAAAAUGAUAAAAAAAGUAAUAAUAGUAAUAAUAGUGGUGGUAUUAAACAAGAGGAAGAGGAAAAAAAUGAAAAAUGAAAGAAAGAGAGAGAUUUAUUUCGGUUUUUUUUUUUUUUUCUGUUUCUGAAAAAAAGGGAUUUUUUUUUUUUUUGUGAUAUCGAUUUGUGCCACUAGAAGAAAGAAAGAGUGAAGAAAAGGAAACUGAGUCGCUGGAUUAGUCAACUGCAAAAA